AUGGAGGAGCGGUCACCACCACCUGCCGGCGACAUAAACGGCAAGGCCAGAAAUCCCCUUUCAUCAACCACAUCGCUGCGCCUCUCUCUCACGCCGUCUCGUUCGCCGGAUCAGACCUACGUUGUCCAAAUCCCUCGUGAUCAAGUUUAUCGUGUCCCUCCUCCUGAAAAUGCCCGAAUUGUUGAAAAUCAUCGUAAGCCAGAUUCUCAAAAGAAAAACAAAUGCACAUGUUGUUGUUUGAUCCUAGCCGUGUUACUUGGUCUUGCUAUCAUGAUAGGAAUCGUUGUGUUGAUCAUUCGCGCUUUGUACACCCCCAAAUGUCCUGAAUUUUCCAUCACUAAUAUCCAUUUCAAGAACGUUACGCACCCUUCAAAUGGUCAUGGCCAAAAGAAUAAUAUUCAUCCGCAGCCAUACCCUCAAUUUGAGAUGGAGUUGAAAAUUGUUAACGUGAAUGAGAGAAUGGAUGUCGCCUUUGGUAAAGGAAAUAACGGGAAGGCUGCCCUUAUUUUCAAGAAACAUGAAAUUGGACAAGGGAAAUAUCCCUCGAUUUCCCAAAAACCUAAGGAUUCAACGAAUGUACAUUUCAACCUUGACGUUGGGAAAUUAGCUGGUGAUACUGAGAAAGGUCUUGAGGUUGAUAAGAAGCCAAUAAUGAUGACCUUGAGCGUCCAUGCACCAUUAGAGAUCACGAGCUGGGCAAAAGAUUUGAAAAAGAAUUUGAUUGUUACGUGUGAUUUCGACGUGGAAUCAUUGAUGACAAAUAAAUCCAAGAUUAAAUCCGAAAUAUGUCAGACUGAUUUCUAA